AUGACAAGAAUCCGGAACGAUGACAAGAAUCAGGCAGGAAGCAUCCACCCGGCAAAUCAGGCGCACACGCUUGAGCUGGUGGUGGCGGACGCGAGGUUCCAGCGCGAAGACGAUCCAGCGCGACGGCCACAGAGGAAGGACCUCUACGAGGUGCUUGGGGUCAGCCGCACCGCCACCAGCCAUGAGAUCAAGAAGGCCUUCCAACGCAUGGCGCUCAAGUACCAUCCAGACAAGAAUGGCGAUGACCCGGUGGCGUCAGAAAUGUUCCUGCAAGUCAAAUUCUCCUACAGCAUUCUGUCAGAUCCAAAUAAAAGGCGGCAGUACGACGUAUCAGGAUUCGAGGCUAUUGACUCUGAUAGACAGAAAUCGGAUCUGGACCUAUCGAAUCUAAAUCCAGCCAGCACCAUGUGUGUCGCCUUGUUGAGUAAACUUGGUGUACCGAUUAAGACAACUGUUCCAGCAACCAUUUUGGUGGAGGCGUUGAAUAGGCAGGUUAAGGUUGUGCCGCUCCAGCUAGGGCACUCUGAACGCAGGAAGGUGGAGAAGCUAUCAGCCCAUUUUUUCUCCGUGGACAUAACAGAACAGGAAGCUAAGACUGGUGUAGUUUGUCAGGUGCACUCAACCGAUCGAAGCAAAUUUAAGCUGCUUUAUUUCACUCUCGAAGAAAAUGGAGGGCUGGACCUUGCACUGCAGGAGGACAGCGUCGACAACGGAAAAGUAACUUCGGCAGGGAUGUACUUUCUUGGCUUUUCUAUAUAUCGUUUUGAGCAUAAUUACUCGGCAGCUGCAACAAAGAAUUCUCACGCGGCAUUCUUUAAAAUGUUGGAUAGCUUCCAAUCAUGUGAUAUUAACGAGCUGAAACCUGGAACCCACUACUUCGCUGUCUAUGGUGACAAUUUCUUCUAUCCGGCAAACUAUAGUAUAGAGAUUGUGUGUGAUCAAUCUUUCUCUGCUGAAAAGGAGAAGCUACAAAACGUGGAGGCAAAGAUAGUCGCGAAACGAGCUGAGUAUAAGGAAGUUUUUGCAAAGCUCGCUGAAAUGAAAGGCGGGUACACCCAGGAGAUGCAAAUGAUCGAUGAGCUUCUCAAGGAAAGGAAUGCGAUCCAUGCAUCCUUUAUUACUACCAAUAAUUCACCUCCAAAACGGUGUUCCCCUUGGCGUAAAGAGAAAUCGCCUUCAAGGGUGUCCAAAGGCGACGAAGAAAAAUAUCCCAGAAAGCAAAAGAAAGCCAAGGAUCAUCCAAUAAUGGAGGGAGAGGAUGGUGAUUCAAGUGAUAAGAAAACUAACGCAAUGAAAGAAUGGUAUAAGCGUCAUCUCAACCGUUGA